CUUCACUUCGUACUUGUUUCGAAAGCCGUUUGUCGAAAGAAGUUCAUUAAUUUAAGUCGAUUCAUAUUAUACUAAAUCGUGUUCAUUGAGUUGUUAAACCAUGAUUGAGCCAAAGAAGAGACCGGGGGACAUGGCUUUGGUUCCUGCCGGCGGAGUCAAGAGGCCCAGGACGGAGCUGAUCGCCGCGGCACAGUCGCAACAGAUCGUGGCCAUGGGCCCUCCCCGCAACUCCAGCCUGCAAGCUCCCAUCAUGCUGAUGUGUGGCCAUGAGGGCGAGGUCUACUGCUGCAAGUUCCACCCCAACGGGGCCACAUUGGCCUCCUCUGGCUAUGACAGGCUCAUCUUGAUGUGGAAUGUGUAUGGGGACUGUGAUAACUUUGCCACCCUGAAGGGACACAGUGGCGCUGUGAUGGAGAUUCACUACAACACAGACGGCAGCCUGCUGUUCAGUGCCAGUACAGAUAAGACAGUGGGAGUGUGGGACAGUGAGACGGGCGAGAGAAUCAAGCGUCUGAAAGGCCACACCUCCUUCGUUAACUCCUGCUACCCUGCUCGCCGCGGACCCCAGCUCGUCUGUACCGGCAGUGACGACGGAACUGUCAGGCUGUGGGACAUCCGUAAGAAGGGGGCGGUCCAUACGUUCCAGAACACCUACCAGGUGUUGGCCGUCACAUUCAACGACACCAGCGACCAGAUCCUGUCUGGAGGCAUCGACAAUGACAUCAAGGUGUGGGACCUGAGGCAGAAUAAGCUAAUCUACAGUAUGCAUGGUCAUGGUGAUUCUCUGACUGGACUCAGCCUGAGCUCAGAGGGAUCCUACCUCCUCUCCAACUCCAUGGACAACACAGUGCGUAUUUGGGACGUCCGUCCGUUCGCUCCCAAGGAGAGGUGUGUGAAGAUAUUCCAGGGGAACAUUCACAACUUUGAGAAGAACCUUCUGAGGUGUUCCUGGUCCGCUGACGGCAGCAAGAUUGCAGCAGGCUCAGCUGACAGGUUUGUGUAUGUGUGGGACACCACCUCUCGUAGGAUCCUGUACAAGCUGCCAGGCCACGCUGGGUCAGUCAACGAGGUUGCCUUCCACCCUGAGGAACCUAUUGUCCUCUCUGGCGCCAGUGACAAGAGACUCUACAUGGGAGAGAUUCAGUAGGACUGUCGUGUGUGUGAGAGCGCGUGUGAGAGAGAAGGCAAUUGUAUGUUCAUCUGAGCGUGUAGUGUGUGAGCAUGUGUGUUCUGCUCUGUUGUGUGUAUGGAUGCAGCCCCCCUGUGUGAAUGAUCAGUACUCUGUACUUUACAUGCUUUUGUUUCUUUAGUAACAAACUCAAGAGACAGUAUUUUGAGUUUAUAAUUUCCAGUCACAACAACCAACACCUGUAUUUUUUUUAUUUCUCUUAAUAAACUACGUCUGGAAA